CUUGCACCCACAGCCUCCUCCUCUCCUUCCAUCAUGGCUCCCUCGUUGGACAGACAAGGAUACUGGGGACGGCCGACCUCAACGCUGGACUGGUGCGAGGAGAACUAUGUCGUCUCCUUCUACAUCGCGGAAUUCUGGAACACGGUCAGCAACCUGAUAAUGAUUCUGCCUCCUCUUUGGGGAGCUGUUCAGACGUACCAUCACGGGCUGGAGUUCCGCUACAUUUGCUCCUUCCUGGGACUCGCAGCUGUUGGUGUCGGUUCCUGGUGCUUCCACAUGACUCUUCUUUAUGAGAUGCAGUUACUCGACGAGUUGCCGAUGAUUUACAGCACAUGUGUAUUUGUAUACUGCGUAUAUGAGUGUUUCAAGCGAGAGAACAGCGUCGGGUGGUUUCCCAUCGUGCUGCUGUUAAUAUUCAGCGUCACAGUCACUGCUGUGUAUUUGCAGUGGAAGGAGCCAGUGUUUCACCAGGUUAUGUAUGGGGCUCUCGUCGCUUGUCUCGUGGCGCGCUCUGUUUUUGUUGUUACAUGGGUGUACCCUUGGCUCAGACCUUUGUGUUACACCUCUUUAUGUGUCUUUCUGUUGGGAUUCCUGCUGUGGAAUAUCGACAAUAUCUUCUGUGACUCGCUCAGAGCCAGUAGGCAAACACUUCCUCCUGGUGUUGGAGUUGUGACACAGUUCCACGCGUGGUGGCACAUCUUCACAGGCCUGGGCUCCUACCUGCACAUACUUCUCAGUCUACAGAUACGAUCAACCUACCUCAAGUGCAGACCAAAAAUAAAGUUUGUAUGUGGCAUUUGGCCCACCCUGCACAUUGAACCCCAGAAGACUGGCUGAGGAAGACAGGCCACGGUUCAGCUGAAGGAUGGCGACCGGCUCCAGGCGCCAUCUGCAUGAAGACCUGCCACUGCCCCUCUAUUGAUGCUGGGCCGCUCCCCCACUGUGAGGGGAGGGUGUGGACCCAAGCACCACACAGGGACCCUUCUGCUCUGUGGUGUGGGGCGUCGACUAAUUCAACUCUUUCAGUUUCAUGAAAAUAAUUUGGUUUUCUAACAUAAUUUAUUAGUUUUGUAAAUUGUAUUGAAUCAUUGCAGCCUGAUUUGUAUUAUGUUUUUCAUAUGCAUUUUUUUUAAUGUGUGGUUUAAUGCCUGGGGUGACAAGAGCGUUUAGGUUUAAGGGAUUCAUCUGUGCCAUUGUUUUCAUUUUAUUUACAGUUAUGAAGGUGGGGGAAGAGCAGAUAAAUCGGGUGCUCAAAGGAGCCCGAGGACUUGAUUCACACAUGAUUUAUCGCUUAAAAUGCCAAGUUUGAUUCGCCAAAAAUCUUGCACAUUUUGCCAGGCUGUUGUGUUAUUUAAAAUGUAAAGAUCAACUUUAGCAAAUGCAUUUUGGCCUAAAUUCUUUUCACUAAACCUUCGCAGGCAAACGUGACAAAAACAUGGUAAAUUGAAAGGUAUAACACUAGAAAAUGCAACUGUUGUUGCUAUUUUUAGCUGCUUCCAUGUUUUGUUAACCACAGGGAACGUGUUUUAUUUGUCUCAAAAUGUUACAGCUAGAGAUGACAUAAACUAAUGGCUAAGCUAAGUAGCCUUGUACAUCAACUGCAGUGUCAGAAUUCAAUAAAAGUUUAUUGAAUUUUGUUUAGUUUUCUACCAUGUUGGCUGAAAUCACCAAGUCAUCACUUCAGUACUGUAGCAGUGAUCUAGCUUUAUAAUGAAGGCAAACAAUAUUCUUUUUUUUUAUGCAAGAGGUAGUACUGUAUAACCAAGUGGAAGCAGACAUCUCAUGUUAAGAAACAAUGAAGGGAUUCAUCUUUUGUAACUGUGAAACAGAGGUGAACAACAAUAUGCACAUUGUUUAAUGUCAAAUGUUACUUGCAUUGUCCGACACGUCUUGGUUCAACAAGCAUUCACGGUGUCACAGAAGCACAACGUAUGAAAGUAUUAGCGUGGCUCCGGCGUCCUUGCGUUGAAUUCCAUCCGUCACUUCUGUAACAACUGCUGACCAGUGUAGCAGUAAACAGUGGGUGCCUUACCGUCGACCUUGCAGUGUCCUCCAGAGUUGCCUUGAUGUUUGUAUACUUUAAGAUGUGUUUUGCAGUCCUUCUGCGAUUCCCGGGAGGAGAACACAGCAACGGCUUCAAAUUUCUAAUGUGUGCCUCGACCUUUAAACUUCCAUGCAUUUCAUGUGACCAACAGAUGAGUGUUGUGAUCGUGGCUCCACGAGUCUAGUGUGUUGAACCACGCAAUGUCUGUGCCAGUGAGUCCUCAUUGAUGUCCAGUAGUGAUUAAAGUUGAUUGUGUCAUGGUUUUCAUCUUCUUUGUCACUGGAAAUUUAGAUUUUUGUUUUGCUAUAAUAUACACUUGUAUGACCAAAAGUAUUUGCUCAGCUGCCUUGACUCACAGAUGAAGUGCCAUCCCGUUCCUAGUAUGAUGUCGACUAUUACAGCUUCAACUCUUCCUGG